AUGGCUUCCUUCACAACAUCUUCUUCUUCUUCUUCCUCGCUUCUCCCCAAAACCCUGCUUCCCGUAAGCCACCUGGCACGCUUCCCUACAAUCUCCGGCAUCCGCCUUCUCGGCACAUGGAAUCCUCAGCUCCGGAGUAUCUCCGCCGCCGGCUCUCGGCGACGGGUGGCGAUUGUCAAGGCUGCGACGGUCGAUUCCGAUUACUCGUCUAAACGGAGCAGUAGCAACGAGCAGAGGGAGACGAUUAUGCUCCCGGGGUGCGACUACAAUCACUGGCUUAUUGUUAUGGAGUUCCCCAAGGAUCCAGCGCCAACGAGGGAGCAGAUGAUUGAUACUUACCUUAACACUCUUGCUACUGUUCUUGGAAGCAUGGAAGAGGCAAAGAAAAACAUGUAUGCAUUCAGUACCACCACAUAUACUGGAUUCCAAUGCACCAUUGACGAAGAAACAUCUGAGAAGUUCAAGGGUUUGCCUGGAGUUCUCUGGGUUUUGCCUGACUCCUACAUAGAUGUCAAGAACAAGGACUAUGGAGGGGACAAGUACAUCAAUGGAGAGAUAGUCCCGUGCACAUACCCAACAUACCAGCCGAAGCAGCGCAAUAACUCCAAGUAUCAAAGUAAGAGGUACGAAAGAAAGAGAGACGGUCCACCACCUGAGCAGCAGAGGAGACCAAGACAAGAACCAGCCGCUUCUGAUUCCUCUUGA